GCCGGGAGAGUCGAGUAGCCUGCUCGAAGACCGGCUUCGGAAGCGCGACGAUGACAGUGGCCCCAACGACGACCGCGAAGCGCGUGGCCGCGCUAGCGAACCUCCACCUGCCCAACACGAAGCGAAUCGACCUCUCGCCGGUGGCGCUGGACGAUGGCCCGCUGCGAAGCGAGCGCAUCACGUCCGGCGAGCGCGACGCGACGGCUGGCGGCAGCGACGAGCGCGUCUAUGUCCGUCGAGUCAUUUCUGCUCGCCCCGACAUAGUCGGUGAAGAGGCCUUGACCAGACACGCGCCGCCCGGCGUCUUCCUUCACGAGCACCUCUCGCCCAGCGUCGACAUGAUCGCGUCGACAGACACGAUGAAGCAAGUAUUUGCAAUGCCGUACCAGACCGAGAUCGGAUCUUCGGGGGUCGCGAUCCACCGCGUCGGCAACUCGCUCGUCAUGGAGAGCGCCCACGAUCGUCUUCGCCGUCGGCGCGAGCAAGGUGUCGGGUCCGAGGCGCGCAAGAUCUCACAGCGCUACAAGAAAUCCCAGCGACCAGCCACGCAGCUCUUGCAGCACCUUGCGAUCGACGAGCCGCCCGAGACGAGCCCGCUCAAGACGUCGCUGGUCAAUCCGCAAGACGACCAUGAUGGCAGCGUCCACGAUACCGACGAGAGCGAGGACGGCGACAGCAUCGCGUCGUACGAGCUCGUGGCCGACCCCGAAACAGGCGAGAUCUUUCUUCUCGUUCCCGAUGCGCCGCAGCCCGAAGAGCGCGCGCAAACCGCGUACCAGCAGGUGCUGCACGAUCGGUUCUUGCACGACGACCUGUCGAGAGCGACGUUGCCCCCGACGCUCCCAACGGCGUACGACCGCGUCGUGCACUGGCAGUUCGACUCGAUGGAGAUGCUCCUUGGCAACAAUUCGAUGCUCUUCCAGCACGCGCCGUCCGGGGACUCGAUGGCCGUCGCCUUGCGAGACGUCGAGGUCCAUUGGACGUCGUUUGCGUGUCUCGACCUGUGGCUGGACCAAGUCAUGACAGGUAUCCAGCGCGCCGCCAUUUGCUUGCCCAACAAGAACGGCCGCCUCGACAGCUACCGCUUGGUGCGCACGGACGAGCUGCCCUUCCUCGGUGACCACGCGGGCUUUGAUCCGGCCCACGUCUUUCACAAUGCGCAGUCCAUUCUGCGCUUUCUCCAGGCUCACUGUGUAAACGAAGCGACGACGUACUGGCUCACACAGUCGCCGUCCGGCGUCUGCCUCUUUGAGCUCCCGGCAAAUGUGAUCGCGCACCCGUCGUCGGUCGACCACACGGUCGGCAUGUUCUGCCUCCAGCUGGCGUCGCAAUCCACCGAGAGUGCGCGUGCGAUGCAGCUGUAUCGGAAAGGCCUACGCCUUGUCGACAAGCGGGUGAUGUCGCCCAAGACGCUUGCGACGGCGCUUGUGGCGUCGGCAAAACUCACGUGGGCACCCUACAUGCGCCCGUAUACGGCGACGCGCUGGCUGCAGACUGACGCCUUUGUGCGCGCCAACGACGUGCAGUCGCAGCUCGUGCAAGCCCUCGACGCCUGCGAAGCGUUUGCGUCAUCGCCAAAGGACACGAAGACGCUCUUUGAGAUUGCGCAGCAGUUUCUACCGCCGCAGACGACGCAUGUGGCGGAACCAAGUGCCUUGCCGCCGCCGCCCAUGCUCGACGAUGAGGCGCAACAGAAGGAAGAUAUGGAGUCGGCGCUCUCGCUGCUGCUCGAGGCCACUGCGUAUGUCGAUGUCAGUACGUGUACUGAGCUCCGCGAGGCGCUACUGGCGUGCUACUACGUAUUGGUACACAUUGCGCUGCUCGAGGGAGACGGCGGCCUCGCGCUGCACCGCCUCCAUCACAUGCUGGGCUUUGUCGACUCGUUCCAGAGCUCCCAGGUCCCGCUGGUUGUCGCCAAGGUGCACCUGCGUCUCGCCAUGCAACCGGUAGACGAACUACGUGUCGUGCAAACGCAAUACGAGCAAGCUCUUGCGGCCGACCGCGCCGUCGCAGUCGCGUCACCGCCCGUCGACGCGCCCGUGUGGCUGCAUAUGACGCGCCACGCGCUCGACGGGGACGCCGAGCAGCACCUCAACAUUGCGCUCACGUGUGCGAUGCAAGUUGGUGACUACUCGACGUUGCCGCACUUGGUCGUAGGCCGCGAACACAUCCACCGUUGCUUUCGGGAAACCUUGCGCGAAGCGUACGUGUCCCUGGCGCGUCAUCUCGUGUCGACGGGCCGGCACACCAAGGGUGCGCGUCACGCCGAGCAAGGUAUCUUGCUCUUUACCUCGCUUGGCGACGACGUGGCGAUCCUCGAGCUGCGCAUCGUGCUCGCAGAAGUCGCGCUGCGCUCGGGGCGACACCACAAGGCCAUUGGCGGCUUCAACGCGGCGCUCUCGGCGCUCCGGCUCGUCGAGUCCGAGUACGUCCGUGUGCUCCACGUGCAUCUGUUGCUGCUCUUGCGCUUUGCCCACACGUCGCACGCGCUCCACUUGCAGCAGCAGCUCGCGUCCGAGCCGAUUUUGAACCGCGAUGGUCAACUGACGGCAGCCCGGGUCGCGAUUCGAGACGAGCUGAGUACGGGCCUGCACUUCGGAAUGGACGCCUUGGCGCUUCCGUCGCGGCGACAGCAAGCACAGUUGUGUGCGUGGCGCGUAGCCGACUCGCACUACCUGCUGGCGGGCUUUGAGGCUUCGUACGCGCACGCGCACCUCGCCCAGUCGCCCGAUGCAACCCUCUGGACAAGCAUCGAGGCCAGUGCAGCGCACUAUGACAAGGCGCUCGAGACCUUGCCGCUCCACGCCAGUACGCGCGUGCACCACCUGCUGUUGCGGCUGGACAAGGUCAAGUUUCUGCUCUCCGUGGGUGUCGCGGCCGAGACGAAAGUGCCUCGAGAGGCCCCUGCCGCGUCGGUGUACAAGGACGCACUGAACUGCAUCUUGGCGAGCGCAACUCUGUACGAAGCGACACCGGCCGAGACCAUUGAGUCACAGCGCAUCGCGCUUUUGCUGCGCGGGCUCUUCCAGCUCAUCGAGCAGCAGGCGCAUGCGUGCUUGAAGCACCUCAUCAAGCUCCAAAGCGGUGACGCCGCGAUGUUCAAGGCGUGCUACUUGGACUGGCUCACGCACGGCCGGGAUCGAAGCCCUCAUGCGACGCUCCUUGCUGCCAGCAGGACACUCGUACCCGACGACGACGACGAUACGACACCAUAAUCAAUGCUGAACUCCAUUCACUGGUGCC